UCAUGGCGUUGAAAACAAUAACCGUGUUUUGUGGUUCCAGCUUAGGAAAUGAUCAAAGAUUUGAGGAAAGCGCCAGAGCUCUUGGUCACUGCCUAGUGAAGAAUAAAAUAAAUCUCAUUUAUGGUGGUGGUUCUGUUGGGCUUAUGGGUAUUGUGGCUGAAACUGUUGCGGAAGGCGGAUGUGAAGUUACUGGAUUUCUUCCUGAGUUCUUCGUUAAGGGAGAUUUUAAGGGUAUAGAAGGCAUCGGAAAGACUGUACUUGUUCAAGAUAUGCAUACAAGGAAGAGAAAUAUGUUAGAACAGGCUGAUGCCCUGAUAGCUUUACCUGGAGGCUUUGGAACAUUUGAGGAACUAUUGGAAAUGAUCACAUGGUAUCAACUUGGACUUCAUGAUAAACCAAUAGGAUUGUUGAAUGUGGCCAAUUACUGGGAUAGUUUUUUGGAAUGGAUUCAGAAUGCAGUGAAGGCAGGUUUUGUGUAUGGUGAAAACAAAGACAUUCUGUCAGUUGCUGAAGAUUGUGAUACUCUUUUGACUAAGCUGCAAGAACGUGCUUUAAGUGAAGAAAAAACGCACAGAAUAUUGCCCAAUAUAUGAGUUUAUUACACGACUCGGGCAGUCAGAGGGCCAAUAACUAAAAUCAACCAAUCAAAAUGCUCUAUUGCCGGUC